AUGUCAUUGUGUUUCAAUAAUGUCAAUAUGGUUGUAAAAGAUUUUGUUGAUGUAGAGCUUGGUGAUGAUUUGAAUAGUCGUAAGAGCACAUCCAAUUAUGUUUUCACCUUAAAUGUUUUGUGUCUUGUGAAAAAUCUGAUGAUUUAUUUGACUACCAAACAUAUACGGUUGAAGUAUCAAAUAAUACAUGAAUUAAUAAAUGAUGGAAUCUUGUCAUUGAAUAAGAUCACAAGUGAGAUGAAUACUGCAAACAUGUUCACAAAGAUGAAGUGGGAACGUGAUACAAACGACAAUGUUAAGAAAUUGAAAGCGAGCCUUGUGAUGCUAGCAAAUUUAGUCAAGAUGCAUCUUGGAUUAUUUAUGAACGAGGUGGUGAAUCAUUACUCUGCACACAUGGGCAAGUACUCGAGCACAAAACGAACAUCGUGA